AUGGAGGGACGGCUGCCGCUCAUUAACGUCAGGGGCCUGCAAUGGAAAAUCUCAAGCAUCAGGACGGAAAGCGAGGGCGGGUUCAGCAGUGACCUGUUCAGACGCAUCCUCAAGGUCGUCGGGAGGGAUGCCGACUUCGUGUGGGUCGACGUCGCCUGCAUCCCCCAGGCCCCGACGGGUGGGGAUAUUCAAGGGGGCGCAGAAGGCGCACAUCUGGCUCCACGACCUCUCGACGACGGGCCUGCGGCAAAAUAUCGACACUCUGAGCAGCUGAGGCCCGAGGGGCCCGAAGGGUUCAGGAAGCUCCUCGAGUCCAAGUGGUUCAGCUCGCUGUGGACGCUCCAGGAGGCCUUCUUGCGCAAAGACGCCGAGGUGCUGUCCAGGUCCGGCAACAGCGUCUCCAUCGUGGCGUCGCCUGGCGGUGAAUCAGAGGUUGUGAUGCUGCAGACCAUCAUGAACCUUGUCGACACGCUGCUCCACGGCCCCCAGAGCUACACGUUCUACGGCAAUCUCCGCUACUCGGGCAUCGAGCCCUGA